AUGGCUCCCACUUUUCGCAUUCACCGACCGGAUGUCCUGGCGUCUCUGCCGCGACCUCUCGACCACACCAAGGGCCAGUACCACAUCGGCGAAGUCUACACCCAAAAGGCGGGCUCCAAGAAGAGGAAGAGGCUUGAGGUUGUAGUCGGUGUCGACGGAGAAGCGGCAAACAUUUACCAUGUUCCAUCAUCCGGUCUGCGAACUUCCUACCCGAUCCCGCCGCAGGAGUCGUUCACUUGCGCGCCGCACUCGAUUCGAUACCAAGACGCCGUCGCGAACGGUCGCAACAACUACACGUACCUCUCCACCCAGGACUCAACCGGCGCAAAGGUCACUCUUUGCCGCGAUGUCGUCGACGCGACUGGUAAAACCAACUCCACAAGCACAUCUCAGAAACUGCAACACAAGUCACCGAUCCAAUACCUCUUUACUUCCACCUCAGUCGAUACCACCGAUAGCGAUCUGAAGAAGUCAGAGAAAGGCGACUUGAUUGCUCUCUGCAAGGAUGGCCAGGUCGUCUGCUUCGGCGCGGAGGACUUGGAGCAGAAGUGGAGCGCAUCUUCGUACAACUUAUGCAGGGACUUGCUUCCCUCCACUGUCGCAAAGUACGAGGUGGAAUACGCCCUCCAUGCCAGCGCUUCUGAGGUCUUGAACGGGAUUUUCCAGGGCAGACAGGACGCUUUCGGCUCUUUUGGCCGCCAGAUUGACCCCAAGACGUACAACCCGGACGUUCUCACCCUCAUCGUCCGUGCCAACAACGAAGACACUACCUCAAGGUUUCUCAUUGUUCUUGGCGUUGUGCCCGCGGUGUCUUCUCAGCCUUUGGUACAGGUCCACGUCACUCCUCUGCCGUCUCAAGAAGACCUCUCGUCGGAGACCUCUACCUACCAGCUCCAUGUCCAGUCUGGCAAACUUCUCCAGCUCUCCGGUCCUCUUCUCCAUACCUACGAUCUCACCAGCGUCGUUCCCAGGCUUCAAGGCCGCCUGCCGCUGGUCAACAACACCUCAUUCCUGCAGCUCUCCGAACACUCGGUCCUGUGCCUGACUGCAACCUCCGCAAGCAUUAUCAACCCUACAUACCAUUCAAUUCAAGCUCAGACAGCGGUUGAGCUGCCCCAGGGCCACGAGCAGCAAACACCCAAUCUGGUGACUUUCCUCUCCAAGCUGGAUAUGGCUGUGGCUGUCGUCGGCAACACCUUGGUCUCCAUCCAAAUUGAGCGCCCCAAGUCUCACGGCAAGGAGGGCCUUCUGAUCGACGCCAUCGGCCGCGGCCUGCCGAGAUCAGACAGCGUACCGGCAACCUUGCCCAAGCCGACCGGCAACAACGCCUUUGAGCAGUAUCUUCCCGGAACUCUGUCGAGUGAAUACGUGGAGGAGUCUUUGGCAGAUGUAGAAAAGGCAGACGGGUUUAAGCAAGCUCAAGAAUGGAAGGCGUUUGAGGCUUUGUUGGCUCAGAGGUUUGGAGUUGCCAUCGAACAAGACGAGAACCUCGACGGGGUGCAAACACCAGAGUGGAAGUGGCUGGACCGCUCAGAAAAGUACCCCGCCGUCGAUCGUCGAUGGGUGCUUUACGCCAUCACCAGGGUAUUCUCGAUGGACGCACAGGGAUCGGGUGCAUCAGUCCUACGAUACGAUCUUCCUCAAGCAAACAAUGUCCUCCUCUACCUCAUCUAUGCUGGACAUCUCACAAACGCCAACAUGUCCGCGGCGUUCAAGGUCGAAAUGGCCGAAGAGACGACCCAGUCAACGAUUAUUGACAAGCUCGUGGAGCGACUCGUCGACCAGGAUCCUACCAUGUACCUGCUCCUGCACUACGUCUCAGCAACCAAGCUUGGAGAGAAGGAACUUCUGCUCAUUAUCCGAGUCAUCAUGCGCAGUCUUGAUCAACAGUCUAGACUGCUGCUGCCCGCGCCAAGAGAAACGAAAGAGGAGGAAUACGUCGAGAUGGAAAUCGACCACCUGGAGAAGGAGCUCGAGCUGGCCGAGUAUCACUUGGGAGACGACUCAAACAUCCGCGCACAGGUGCUUACCACGGCAUUCGAGAAGCUCGCCAGCUACUCCUCGAUCGCCACAGUACGCGCUCUCCGCCAGACCUUCAACCAGACCGAGAUCUUGUCCCUCAUCCACCUCCUGCGAGUUCAGCUUAUCGGCAGUGCCUGGACGUCACGAUAUGUGGAUGCCACAAACUUCGACCGCGACGAGGGGUCAAAGGCCCCGCCGGAUGGCGCCAUUUCGCUCAUUGCUGAGCUUCUGUCACGCUGCAUCGACUCUGUUGGACCCAGCGGCUGGCUUACAAAUGGAACAUCGGACGACCAGGCCGAUGCGGCUGACUUCAUCACGGCGCUGAAGCUCGAGGUCAGCGCCGCCCUGGAGGGUCUGAACGAGGCGGGUUACCUUAACGGCCUCGUCGGCGAGGCGGUCCAAUACGGUCGGGCUGCUAAUGCUGGCAAGGCCGCAGCGGUACGGGGACAGAAGCCUGUGUCUCUGGACGUGGAGGCGUCGUCCCGCCUGCCUCUGGGUAUGGUGUCCAAGCAGAGCGUUCCCCACCACAAGGUCGUCUCGGGCGGUGAGGUGACCGAGAGGACUUCGCGUGAGAGAGGACACUUGCUGAGUCAGAAAGUCAAGGCGUACUCGCUGGAGCGGAUUGUCAUUUGA